AUGGCCAAUCUCUCAUGCCUUGCAAUCCAACUCCUAACGUUCUUGCUCUUGCUCAUCGGUCGUGCCCAUUCGGUCUCCUUCAACUUCUCCGGAUUCCUGCCCAACACCGGCAACUUGACGUUCGAGGGCGACGCGUUCACGUCGAGUGGGGGGAUCCAGCUGACGAGGAACCAGCAGGACAACAACCUCCAGAACAGCAUCGGGCGGGUCUCCUACGACAAGCCGGUCCGCCUGUGGGACUCCAAGACGGGGAGGCUGACAGACUUCACGGCCCACUUCAGCUUCGUGAUCAACGCCCUGAACAACACUUACUACGGGGACGGCAUUUCCUUCUACAUCGCGCCGUUCGAUGCCGUUAUCCCCGCCAACUCAAGCGGCGGCUAUCUUGCCCUGUUCGAGCCAAGCAUGGCCAUGAACACGUCUGCAAACCAGAUCGUGGCUGUCGAGUUCGACAGCUUUAAGAACUCGUGGGACCCAAGCCCGGACCAUGUGGGCAUCAACAUCAACUCCAUCGUCUCGGUCGCGAACGUGUCCUGGAAGACCAGCAUGAAGAAUGGAUCCACAGCCAAUGUUUAUUAG